AUGGCAAAUACAAUUAUUCUCAAUUUUCGUUUUAAAGAUGAUAAUGGCAGUAAUGAUUUUUCACUUAUUAUUGAUAUUCAAAUAACACAAACUGUCGACGACCUUAAGCAUGCGCUUGUAACUGGCGGGCAUGUUACUUUCAACAAUUUUGAUCUCUACAGGAAUGAUUUUGUUAAAGAUGUAAAAGAACAUAUAGACCCGAGUACUGGGAUUAGAAAAUAUUUCUCUGAGUCUCUGGACAUUAAGCAAAGUUUGAAAGACUUGAGUGAAGUGUUGGGCAAGUACGGGAUCGUGAGUGAGGAUAUCACUCGUAUUCCUCAGUUCAAACCAGUUCACCAUCCUAUAGACGAAAGUACUAAGGAGUUUAAGCUAUGUAUUGACGAUAUUCUUCGCAGGAUAAGGAACAUAGGGCUUGUCGUAGAUAGUAAUGAGGCUAUGCGUUGCGAGUACAUUUCUACUAUCUUGCACACGGCAGUAAGUCUUCUCGAAGGUUUAGUAAUUACGCCUCAGAUGAAUAUAACUAGUGAAGAAAAUACCGGCUGUGUCGACUACGCUAUCAAGAAGAUCCUGAACGAUUUGCUCGAAGAAAUAAUUUGUAUAACUGAG